AUGAUCGGCCACUCCCCCGCCUCGACUGAUGUGUUGGACGGGCUCAUUAAGGGAAUGAUAGAUUCUGAUGUCGCAUACUAUGGCCGACUGUCCAAUCAGUGGUGCCACGAGACAGGCAUGCCAACGAUCGAUUACCCAACUGACGAGUACUUUGUGCAAAUCGCCCGGUUCGACCCAUCAAAGGGAAUAAUUGACGUCUUCGACUCGUAUCACAAGUUCCGGACUCGCCUGACACAUAAGAUCCCGAAACUCGUCAUCUGCGGACAUGGGUCUGUCGAUGAUCCAGACGCAAGUGAAAUAUUCGACAUGGCCAUGGAUCAUAUUCAUAAAGUAAUGCCUCAUCUCGACGAUAAGAUCGCCGUUGUUCGUGCGAAGCCAUCUGACCAGGUCCUGAACGCCAUUCUUUCCAAGUCGAAAGUUGCCCUUCAGCUGUCCACCCGGGAAGGCUUCUCGGAAGCACUCCGCAAAGGCAAACCACCCGUGAUUGUUACGGACGUUGGCGGCUUGCCGUAUCAGGUUAUUGAUAAUGAGACGGGAUUUAUUGUCAAAGUAGGGGACACGGACCGCGUCGCAGAAUGCCUCUAUCAUUUACGGACCGAUGCAGAUUUGUAUCGGCGAAUGCAAGAAAAAGCCCCUGGCUCGGUCAGUGACAAUGUGACGACGGUAGGUCUGGUCAGCUCAUGGCUGCAUAUGAUUCGGAACUUCUCGAAGACCUUUCAUGGAAACCUGGAAAUCGACUAUUAUCCGAUCUGA